AUUCAAGCAAAAUGGCAUUUAAGGUACUUGCACUCCUCGCCUUGUGGCCACUGCCAUCGCCAGUCCUCAGACCUACGGCUACGGUGCUCCUGGUCCUGCUUUCGGACCAGCCAAGUACGACUUCAACUACGCCGUCAACGACCCACCAUCCGGCAACGACUUUGGCCACCAGGAAUCUCGUGAUGGAGACUUCACACAGGGUUCCUACUACGUCCGCCUCCCCGACGGUCGCCUGCAGACGGUCAACUACAAUGUGCAAGGAGAUUCCGGCUUCGUGGCUGAGGUCAACUUCGAGGGUCAGGCCCAGUACCCAUCGCAGCCGCGUGCUUACACACCUGCCCCUACAUACGGUUGAAUAUUAUUGAUGAUAUUUAUUAAUAAGCGACUUUUGUACAGAACAAAAUAGUAAUAAAAAAGGAAUUUA